AUGGGUUUAAGAUAAUUGGAUUUUUUUAGGAAAUUAAAUACUGAUAUUGGUGAUACUUCAUCAUCUUUUGGUGGAUUCUUAACUAUUUUAGCAUUUGCAGUAAAGUUUCUAACAUAUUUCUUGAUAGUUGGUGACUAUAUUAACACUAAAUGAAUGUAGAUUAUUUUUUAUCACAGAAUUAAACUAUUAAACUGUGAUUGACAAUGACUCUGAAUAAUUUAUCAAAGUUCAUUUAGAUAUAAUUAUUGGAGCUCCAUGUAUGGUGUUGUCAUUGGAUUAAUAAGAUGAGGUAGGAGUACAUGUAAUGGAUGUAUCUGGUACAUUGAAAAAGAUUUCUCUUGAUAAAGAUAGACAUGUGUUGCCCUCUGUAAUUAAACAAUAAUAUUCAUAUAAAGAUUGAUAAUAACGAAAGACCUAAUUAUAUUGGAAGUGAAUAAGAAUUAAUAGAUGCAAUUAAAGCAAUCAAUCAAGGAGAUUAAUGUUAAUUAAAGGGAUUCUUCUAAGUAAAUAAGGUCCCAGGUAAUUUUCAUAUCAGUUACCAUGCACAUCAUUAUUUAAUAUAGAGAAUUCAUCAAAGAGAAUUAUAAACUUUUAGAAAACUAAAAUUAGAUCAUACUAUCUAUGAUUUAAGAUUUGGAGAAAUCUCUUCAGCAAAAUUAAAGAAAUACUCAAAAUCUCUCUAGAAAUUCUAAUUACCCUGGGAAUAAAUUGAAAAAUCAGUACCUGAAGGUGAGAAACAAGAUUAUGAAUAUUAUAUUAAUGCUUUGCCUGUGAAGUUUUAUGAUGUAAAUGAACUAAACUAUCAAACUCUCUAUAAAUACUCUAUCAAUGAAGCAUAAAUGCCCAGAACCUUUACAGAAAUCGAUUCAAUUUAUUUUAAAUAUUAAAUUAGUCCAGUCAAUAUGGUCUAUUCAAUUUAAAAGAAAUCUGUCUAUCAUUUUAUUGUUUAAUUAUUGGCUAUUGUAGGAGGAGUCUUUGCAGUUAUAGGAAUCCUUAAUUCUAUUAUAUAAAAAACAAUUUGA